UCAACUUUCUUUGACCCAGCCCAUAAACCCCGGCCAUCCCAUCUUCCCGUUUCAUAGUUGUCUUCCCCGGCAAGCGAGCGGAUCGGGCUUCCCAGUCGUACAAGGAGGGACUCGAGUCCUCUCAGCCGCAACGAUCCCAGUGUUGUUGGAUUGUACCAGCCUUCUCCCUGCCUGCUUCCCAUUAUUUGCAGCGUGUAUAUGGAGUGACAGCUCACACCAGACUCUGCUGAUCAGACCCUCUGAUUGCUGUACAGAAGGUGCAAGAAGAACCCCUUUCAAAUUCUUCCCGCAAGACUUUUCCUCCGGUUGGAAUGGGUUGCUGCACAGGUCGCUGUACUUUAAUUUUCCUCUGCACUUUGCAGCUGCUGGCAGCAUUGGAGAGACAGAUCUUUGAUUUUCUGGGUUACCAGUGGGCACCCAUACUAGCCAACUUCCUUCAUAUAAUUGUUAUCAUUCUGGGACUGUUUGGAACAAUUCAAUACAGACCUCGCUAUAUUGUGGUGUACUCUAUUUGGACAGCCCUGUGGGUCGCCUGGAAUGUAUUCAUUUUCUGCUUCUAUUUGGAGGUUGGAGGACUCUCAAAGGACAGUGAUCUGAUGACCUUCAAUAUCUCGAUGCACCGCUCAUGGUGGAGGGAGCAUGGACCUGGGUGUGUGAGGAAGGAGCUGACUGCUUCAGCCAGCAAAAGCUUGGAUGACCGCACCUAUAUCUCAGUGACUGGCUGCAUCGUCGACUUUCAAUACCUGGAGGUUAUUCACAGCUCCUUCCAAAUACUACUGUCACUCGUUGGUUUUGUCUACGCCUGCUAUGUGGUCAGCGUUUUCACUGAAGAAGAGGACAGCUUUGAUUUCAUAGGUGGACUUGAUUCCUUCACCUGCCAAGCUCCCCAGAAACCCUCCCAUGUACAGUUAACGCCUGUUUAUCUGUCGAAGUAAAUGACGGAUAUCAGAUGACCAUCGACUGGGAGACCUCUGGCAGUGAUACAUUUCAAACUACGGUUCAGAGGGAAAGAAGGUUAAAUGUUAUAUCAGGUGUGGGCAGGUACUCCCACAUAAUUCAUUUCUGACCAAAACUCAAGUCAAGGACUAAUUUAGGCAAAUCCAAGUUGAUUAUGAAAUACUUGGUUCUGGUUACUGACUGUUUCUUGUCCUUUGCUGUACAAUAAUGGUACCUUGUAUGGAGCGUCUAGUUGAAAUAUGUACACUGUAGCAAACAGUGAAUUUGGUAAAGUUAAGUGAUUUGUUUCAGGUAAAACCCACUGUGCAAAAGGAAAACAUUACUGGAUUUUGUGCUGACAGCAAAUCGGUCCUUUGACAGUAGCAACUGUUUCUCUGUAGAAUAUUUAAACAAUUCUGUUUUCAACUUGUACAAAAAUACUUUUUUAUGAAUUUAUGAACUAUUCAUUCUUAACACAUUUGUAAGAUAAUGUUAGCACCCCAGUAUUUUGUAGUCUUGUGAAUGUUACAUUUUAUGUGAAAUAUAUCUUUUAGGGUAUUUAUGGAUUAUAGAGUAGGUGAUUAAAGCAAUCCUUUCAUUCUCAGUAUUGCUGCAUUCCACUACCAGUCUGUUGAACGGAGCAUAUGACAUGGUUGCAUUAUCCUAACUGCUUGAUCUAAAUGUCAGCAUUCACAUUCUCAAAGACACUGAAAGAUUAAAGUAUCCUGGUCUCAGAGCCUAUAGAAAGCUACACUUACAUACUUUACCUGGAAUACACAUUAAUUUAAACAAAGACCUACAGAUUUCUUCGAAAUGUAGGCGGCUCGAAUUACAUCCUGCCUAAAAGGGGGCAAGUGGAAGGUGGGUUGCCCUUGCACAUCUGUUCAUACAGGUGAGCAUCCAGGAUUGUUAUUGUAUUUGCCCAGAGCUGAUCGAAGUCUAGCAAAAAGAGUGGAAGGAAUGCACCGCAUCGUACUAUCCACCCACAUUCUUUUAUCAAACAUUUGUUGCCACGUAUGUGCCAGAAACUGCAGAUCUCACAUUGGGGUUGUCAGCCCUCUUAAAAUCCACAGAGGUGCAGAGAAAGUAAGUUAUCCUCAACAACCAACCUCUAAGGAUGGCAGCGCAGUUAGUGAACUGAGGAUAGUUCUGGUGAAGCACUCUUGCCUGGGCAUGUUGUUCUCCUAGCAGCAAAGCUACAGGUAGGUCAAUAGUGCUCUUCCACCUCCUACCCCUUCUCUUGUGGAUGCCCAUACAUGGCAAGGGCCAGUCCUUCAGCUUAUUGUCAUUGUGCACCUUAGGUGGAUUAGCAUGUUGUGAGAAAAUUACAAAGAGAUAAUAGCAAAAAGCCAAAAUAUGAGGUUUAAUGUGGGGAAAUGGGAGAUUUGUAAGGAAGAUUAUAAAAACAAAUUAUUUAAAUGGAGUGAGAUUAUAACUGAUCAAGGGGAUACUAGAACAAGAAACACACAAAUCUAGCAUGCAGGUAGAAAGAAAUGAGAUAUCUUAAUAGAAUGUUGGUCUUCAUUGGGGGCAUGGAGUAUAAAAUAGACCAGUUGUGAUGCAACCUUGCCGUCAUUGGUGAGACUGCACAAGUGAGUUCAAUUUUGAUCUCCAUAUUUAAGAUAGGACGUGCUUGCAUGCAGGGCAAUCCAGAGAUGCCCAGGGUGAAGGGAUGAUGCACACCUGUGGGAAGUAGCUAGUGCUUGUUGAGAAGGUUUAAACUGCAGUGGCAAGUGGUGCAAACCAGAGCAGAACAUCAGCAAAUGCAAAGUUAAUAACCAUGGGAAGUGCGCCCACCUGCAACUCCUACCCGGUAGUGUGAGAGAACUGGAGCUGCAUCUGGAUGACAUCAAGAUCAUCCGGGAGAUGAGAGCGUCAUAGAUAGGAGUUAUAGUGAGGUGGUCACACCCAUGCUGCAGGCAGAAAGGAGAUUGGUAUCCACCAAGAAAGGGAGUAGACUGAGAAUGCAGGAAUCCCCUGUAGAUAUGCCUCUGAAAAGAGUUAUACUCAUUUGGAUAUAGUUGGAUGACAGCUCAGGGGAAGGCAGUAACAGCAGUCAGGUCUGUGGUGCAGUGAAGAAGGUUGAAGUCAGACAGGGCUGCAGUGAUAGGAGACACUAGUUAGAAGGUUGGAUAGGAGAUUUGUGUCUGCAAAUGGGACUCCAAGAUGGUGUGCUUCAUCCCUUGCACCAGGGUCUAGGAUGACUCAGAGCAGCCGCAGAACAUUCUCAGGAAUGUGCAGCCAGAAGUAAUCGUGCAUGUUGGUACAAAUGAUGUAGGUAGAAAAAGGGAUGCGGCCCUAUAGAGUGAAUAUUGAGAUAUAGACAAAGGCAGUUAUCUCGAGAUCACUCCCUAUGCUACGCGCUAUUGCUAUUAGGAAUAGGAAGAUAGAAUGGAUGAAUGAGUGGCUGGGAAGUUGGUGCAGUGGGCAAGGAAUCAGAUUUGUGGACUCUUGGAAUCUCUUCUAGGGCAGAUGUGACCUGCAGAAGAGGGACAGGUUGCAUCUGAACUGAAAGGGGGACCAAAUUCCUUGCAGGGAGGUUUGCUAGUACUAUUUGAGAAGGUUUAAACUAUAGUAGGUAGUGGUGCAAACCAGAACAGAACAUCAGCAAAUGCAAAGUUGAGGUUAUGACCAUUAAGUCGCAAAGGAAGAGCAGGCAGGGAGAGGUUAAGGAAUAUGGCGAAUUUGAUGUUCGGAAGUACAUUUAUUUUAAUGCAAGGGGUAUUGUGGGUAAAGCACGAUAUUUAAAUUUAACUUAGAAUCUGCAUCAGGGCUUGGAACUAUGAUGAUGUGGGCAUUACCAAGGCUUGAUUGCAAGAGGGACAGGACUGGCAGCAGAACAUUCCAGGGUUUCGAUGUGAUAUAGAGGGAGGUAAAAGAGGUAUAGAGGAGUGCCUUACUAAUCGGAGAGAAUGUCACAGCAGCACUCAGAGAGGACAAACUGGAGGGUUCACCUACUGAGGCAAUAGGGGUAGAGCUCAAAAAUAAGAAAGGUACAUUUCCUCUAUAGGGCCACUCAAUAGCCAGUGGGAGAUAACAUAACAAAUGUGUAGGCAGAUUAUGGAAAGAUGCAAAAAGCAACAAGGUUACCAUAGAAGAUUACUUUAAUUUCCUCAAUUUGGACUGGGGCCUAGUGCAAAGGGCUUGGAUUGUUAGGUGUAUCCAAGACGGCUUCAGAUAUGACAUGUCUAACUCGAGGAGGGACCACACUGAACAAUGUAUGGGGAAACAAGCUUGGGCAGGUGACUGGUGUUUCAGUGGAAGAGCAUUCAGGUUAGAAUGAUCACAACUCUCCAAGUUUUAAGAUAGCUAUGAAUAAGGAUACAUCUGGACCUUGGGGGAACGUAUUAAAAUGAGGGAAAAGGCAGAUUACAGAAUUAAUAGGCAGGAUUGAGGAAGAGUAAAUUGAGAGCCGUUUUUAUUGGGUAAAUCCACAACUGACGCAUGUUGUUUAAAGGCCAGCUGAUCAGAGUUCAGGAUCAACGUUUUCCAGUUAGGAGGAAGGAUAAGGAUGGCAAGGUAAGGAACCUUGAAUGACCAAAGAGGUUGUAAAUUUGGUUAAAAAGAAAAAGGAAGCAUAUGCAAGGUUUAGAAAGAUUAAAUCAGACAGAGCCUUUGAGGUAUAUAAAGCAAGUAGGAAAGAACUUGUGGACAAUUAGGGGUGCAAAAAAAAGGACUAUGAAAUAUCAUUGGGCAAGUAGGAUUAAUAAAAUCCUGAGGCUUUUUAUAUGUACAUGUACUUCUGUAACACAGAGAGUUGCAGAGGGUUGGUCUUUUGGGUAUAUUAACAGAUAUUUAAACAACAAGGGAGACAAGGGGUAUGAGGAAUGAGUGGGAAAGUGAUGUUCAAGGUCAAAUUGUGGCGUGACCACUGGGUGGAGUGCUGUCUGUGGUUACAAAUCAGCUGCACGUUCAAGGAUACUAUCUCAUUCUUCUGAAAGACACAACAGGCUAGUGCUGGAAUAGAGUCUAUGGGAAGUCUGCAAAGUUAGCAAAGACCUCUCAGCUCUGCCAUACCCUGCUAGAACUAGGGUACACACUAGGAUACAGCAGCCACAACACCAGAGCAUAAAACCCAAGGAUGAUCGUGACUGUAUUGUGGUUGCAACUGAUAAUGUAGUUAGAUGACAUUCUCUUCCAUGAACAAAGACGUCCCAGACAUUUGUCCUCAAUAUUGUAAAGGUACAACACUCCUUGAAUACUCACUGUGGAAAUAACUGUGUGCCCAAUCCCCUACUUUUCCUUCACCCUUGCCUGUCUUCUUAUCUGCUUCCAUGUUCCAUGAACCUUAAACCAAUAUGAACCAGGUUUGGAAUAAAUUGCAUUAUAGGAAGAACAAUCACCACCAUAAAAUUUGUUGAUAGAAAUCAGAAGUAGGCAAAAUAAAUACAAGAGUCAACGAUGCUGAAUAAAAACUUCAGCAAAAGUUUCAAGAGAUAUUUGAUCCAGAAUUGUCUUUGCUUGCUCUUUUACAAAAUGUCCAACAUUCUGAUCAGGCCAACAGUUGUUAAGGCCUUCCUGGGCCUGUUACAACAAGGAGCCACGCUAAUUUUCUGGUCCUCUGUUGUGACAGAAACAGAGCAGGCCAACGAUGUAAUAGAUAACAUUAAUUUCAGUCUGUUUCUCUUGAAAAGCCCAGUUUCAUCCUGAUGAA